GCGAUGAUGAUAAAUAAUUUAGAAUUUAGAUUGAUGAUUAACCUCUAUUAAAAAUUACUUUGGUGGAGUUCCCUUAUUAGUCCCCCCCGGCUGUCCACCAUUGAUGAUGUCGCUGAUUUCCAUUAUUUAUUGUUGACUUCGAAGAAAAAACCUUAACAACAAACUGUAGUACAAUUUACACCUACAAGGGUUCUAGUAGUUUCUACCAUAUUCGGAGCUUUUGACGUGAAUUUCUGUCUUCAAUCUGGCAAAUUUGACGCCCAAAGCCUUCCACGCUACCAAUAAAAGAUUCCGAAAGAGCACCGAAACGACGUAGUUCGUCGAUACGACAUCGUAACGAACGCAAAUUCCACCAAAAAAAAAUGCGCGUUCCCCGCAUAAUCACGUCAUCAUCUCUCUAUCUUUUUCUCCGUCACUCUCUUUCUCUCUCUAAAAGCAGACGACAUGUAACAGGAGAAGAAAGAGGCAAAGUUUAGCUCAGCACCCCCCCUGUAAAACCCUAGCUUUUUGUAGAAUCAGUCCUCCAAAAAAAUGCAAAUCCAUAAUUACCCCCUUCCUCUCUCACCCCGUUAAUUUUUCUCCAAGUCAUUCAAAUCAGCUCAAUCUCGAUUCUUUUCUUUUUAUUUUUUACUUCAUAAAUCAGAUUACCAAAUCCACUUUCUCUCACUAAAAGAAUCCUCUGCUCUCCCCUACGGAUUUCUUCUUCUCUCUCUAAGCGCUCUAUCUUCUUCUAGUCGGAGAUUCUAUUCAUUUCUUCUUCGCAGCUCCAAUCGGUAUGUUUCUUUUUGAAUCUCCUCCUUGAUGGUUAUGCUUUGAUUAUCUGACUUAAUUUGCUUUGCUUCCUUGCUUUUACUUUGGAAUCUUACCGGAUAUUAAUUUAUUAAUGAGGCUAGGGUUUGCUUUUGCUACGAUUGAACCGAUCGGUCUCGGAAUCUUGUUGUCGAGAUCGUUCGAUCUUUAUUUGUUAGCUGUUGUUUGUUUCGUUGUACUUAUUCUGACUGUCGUUGCGAUGCGGUUCUGUGGACGUUUCAGCUGCUUAUUGCACUAUAUGCUUCCUAGAAAGAGAGCGGCUGAAGGAGAGGAAGUAGUUGACGGAGAUAGCAAAAUUGAUUCUGGUACUACUAGUAGCGGUUGUGAUACAGGGAGCGUAGUGAAGAAGCUUCGGAUCGAAGGUUCGGUUUCGGCCACGUCCACUGAUAAGGUGAGCAGCGAAGUUCCAAUUAGCGGUGACGGUGUUGAUUUAGGCAGUUCCAGCAACGGUAAGGGUAGUGCUACUGAGAAGACCUUGACAGAUAUGGCUUUCGAUGAUGGGAAUCCUCAUGAUAUCGAUGAAGAUCUCCACAGCCGGCAGCUUGCUGUUUAUGGUCGGGAGACUAUGCGCAGGCUUUUUGCUUCUAAUGUCCUUGUCUCUGGGAUGCAAGGUCUUGGCGCUGAAAUUGGUAUGUUUUCUUCCUCUGUCUGGCUUCUGAUUCUAGUUGUUGAGGUUGAUGUCGUGCUAGACCUCUAGAUGGAUAUGUAAGUCAUAAGCAUGUUUAGUAUAUUUGUCCAUAACUUCCAGGUUUCUUCCAUUGAGUUUGUUUUACAAUGGAUAUGUUUGAAUUUGCUGUACUAUGUUUACCUGUUAAACCUUAUCUGUUCAGUCUCUGAUUGAAGAUAGUCUCUCACCUAGUUGCUUUAGCAUAUUUACUACUGGUAUGAGCUUGAUAUAACUUGUAUGCUACACUGCAUGACUCUUCUUUCAAUCAUAUUGUGUGAGAAAUUAUAUUCAAGCAUGAUGUAUUACCAUCCAAGAUAAGGAUUUGUUCAAAUGUGGAGUAGCAUAAAUGCUUAGCCAUCCAAUCUAGCCAGCUACCUCACAGUCAAAUUGAAAAUUUGAUAUCAAUAUUUAUGCAAGUAUAUCUUCACUUGCUUUAUCACAAAAUAUCAACAUGCUUUGUGUUAAUCCCAGCCAAGAACCUGAUACUUGCUGGUGUGAAGUCUGUGACCUUGCACGAUGAGGGUUCAGUGGAGCUUUGGGAUCUCUCAAGCAACUUCAUUUUCACAGAGAAUGAUAUUGGUAAAAACAGGGCACUUGCAUCUGUUCAAAAGCUGCAAGAGCUUAACAAUGCUGUGUUAGUUACUGCACUUUCUACAAAGUUGACUAUAGAACAGCUCUCUGAUUUCCAGGCUGUAGUUUUUACUGAUAGCAACUUAGAUGAUGCAAUCGCUUUCAAUGAUUUCUGUCAUAAUCAUCAGCCACCAAUUGCUUUUAUAAAGACGGAAGUAAGAGGCCUUUUUGGGAAUAUAUUUUGUGAUUUUGGCCCGGAAUUUACUGUUCUCGAUGUUGAUGGGGAGGAGCCUCAUACAGGUAUCAUUGCAUCUAUCAGUAAUGAUAAUCCUGCUCUUGUGUCAUGUGUGGAUGAUGAGAGGCUCGAAUUUCAAGAUGGGGAUCUUGUUGUGUUCUCAGAGGUUAAAGGAAUGACAGAACUGAAUGAUGGAAAGCCGAGAAAAGUACGAAACACUAGGCCAUUUUCUUUUACCCUUGAGGAGGAUACUACAAAUUUCGGUAUGUACGAGCGAGGUGGCAUUGUAACACAGGUGAAGCAGCCUAAGGUCUUGAACUUUAAACCACUGAGAGAGGCUAUCAAAGACCCUGGCGAUUUCCUUCUCAGUGAUUUCGCGAAGUUCGAUCGUCCUCCUCUGUUGCAUUUGGCCUUCCUAGCUUUAGAUAAGUUUGUAGCUGGACAGGGGCGUCUCCCUUUUCCAGGUUCAGAAGAGGAUGCUCAGAAACUGAUAUCUCUUGCCAGGGACUUGAAUGAAACCCAAGGAGCUGGAAAACUGGAUGAUAUUAACCCGAAACUUCUGCAGCAUUUUUCCUUUGGUGCUCGAGCUGUUUUGAAUCCCAUGGCUGCCAUGUUUGGAGGUAUUGUCGGUCAGGAAGUUGUAAAGGCAUGCUCUGGAAAAUUUCAUCCACUCUUUCAGUUCUUCUACUUUGACUCAGUUGAGUCUCUUCCCACUGAGCCUCUGGAACCGAGCGACUUCAGGCCAUUAAAUACUCGUUAUGAUGCUCAAAUAUCAGUUUUUGGUGCAAAACUUCAGAAAAAGCUGGAAGAUGCUAAGGUGUUUCUUGUUGGUUCUGGUGCCCUUGGGUGUGAAUUUCUCAAGAAUUUGGCUCUAAUGGGAGUUUCUUGUGGUAAAGAAGGGAAGCUGACUGUUACUGAUGAUGAUGUUAUAGAGAAGAGUAAUCUUAGUAGACAGUUUUUAUUUCGUGAUUGGAAUAUUGGCCAGGCCAAAUCAACCGUUGCCGCUUCGGCUGCUUUGUCCAUAAACCCCAAUCUUCACGUUGAAGCUUUGCAGAAUCGUGUUGGUCCUGAGACUGAGAAUGUAUUUGAUGAUGCCUUCUGGGAGAACUUGACUGCUGUUGUAAAUGCUCUAGACAAUGUGAAUGCUAGGCUUUAUGUUGACCAGAGAUGCUUGUACUACCAGAAGCCUCUUCUUGAGUCUGGUACUCUUGGAGCCAAGUGCAACACUCAGAUGGUCAUUCCUCACCUGUCUGAAAACUAUGGUGCAUCGAGAGAUCCCCCUGAGAAGCAAGCACCUAUGUGCACUGUGCAUUCAUUUCCACACAAUAUUGACCAUUGCUUGACCUGGGCCAGAUCAGAGUUUGAGGGCUUGCUUGAAAAAACUCCUGCUGAGGUGAAUGCCUACCUUUCCAAUCCCAGUGAAUAUGCAUCUGCAAUGAGAAAUGCUGGUGAUGCUCAGGCGAGGGACAACUUGGAGCGCGUUCUGGAAUGCCUCAGUGAGGACAGAUGUGAAACUUUCCAAGAUUGUAUUAAAUGGGCUCGUCUUAGGUUUGAAGAUUAUUUUGCCAACCGUGUUAAACAGCUGAUUUAUACCUUUCCUGAAGAUGCCGCAACCAGCAAUGGGGCACCGUUUUGGUCUGCUCCCAAGCGAUUCCCCCAUCCUCUCCAGUUCUCUGAAGCUGAUCCUAGUCAUCUUCACUUUAUUAUGGCGGGAUCCAUUCUACGUGCUGAGACAUUCGGUAUCCCUGUUCCUGACUGGGUCCAGAAUCCUAAGAAAUUGGCUGAAGCAGUCAAUAAAGUCAUCGUACCUGACUUUCAGCCCAAGAAAGAUGCGAAAAUCGUUACAGAUGAGAAGGCUACAACUUUAUCUACUGCUUCCAUAGAUGAUGCUGCUGUAAUCAAUGAACUGUUAUCGAAGCUAGAGCAUUGUCGGAAGAAUUUAAGUCCAGGGUUUAGGAUGAAACCAAUUCAAUUUGAGAAGGUAAAUUUCCUCUCUGAAAAGUGUUUACAGACUCUUCUGAAUCAUUUGAACCUUGAAAAGCAUCUGAUUGUUUGAACUUCUCACAUCAGAAUUUACUACGUAAUUUAUCAGCAUAAAAGUUGAAUGUGUCUUGCCUUGAAUUUGUUACGUUUAAGUCUGUGCUGUAUGAGAUCUGCUGCAUCCCUUUCUAUUUAGUGCUUGUGAUGGUUAUUGAAACAAGGUGCUUAUAUGGGGGUCCAACUGUUGCUGAGUUCAUCUGGAGUCUCAUUUAUGUUUCCCUCAUUAACUUUGCUGUGAUUGAAUAUGGAUGGAGUUUUUGGUUUUGUAUCUGCUAGGUUGAGUUCGUUUCCUUCCGUCUUCAGCAUGUGAUAUCUAGACUGAGUUGAGAUCUAUUAUUGGUGAUGGAUCUGAAUUUCUACUUCAUUCUUCCUCAAUCUUUUUACAUUAAUGCGUAUUCAGGAUGACGACACAAAUUAUCACAUGGACAUGAUAGCCGCCCUUGCUAAUAUGAGAGCAAGAAAUUAUGCCAUUCCUGAAGUUGACAAGCUGAAGGCCAAAUUCAUAGCUGGUCGGAUCAUUCCAGCUAUUGCUACGUCCACAGCAUUAGCUACAGGCCUGGUUUGCCUUGAGCUUUACAAGGUUCUGGAUGGAGGACAUAAGCUAGAGGAUUAUCGCAACACAUAUGCUACUUUAGCUCUGCCUUUCUUCUCUAUGUCUGAGCCCGUUCCACCGAAGACCAUUAAGCACCAGGACAUGAGCUGGACUGUGUGGGACAGAUGGAUAGUAAAAGAUAAUCCUACCCUGCGGGAAUUACUCAAGUGGCUCUCUGACAAGGGUCUAAAUGCUUACAGCAUCUCAUGCGGUAGCUGCUUGCUGUACAAUAGCAUGUUCCCCAGGCACAAGGAAAGGAUGGACAAGAAGGUCGUAGACCUGGCGAGGGAAGUGGCAAAGAUCGAGAUUCCUGCUUAUCGCAGACACUUGGAUGUUGUGGUGGCUUGUGAGGAUGACGAUGAUAAUGACAUUGAUGUCCCUCUCAUUUCGAUUUACUUUCAUUAGCUCCAUUAGCACGUGUUUGAAGUGGAAAGAAACAUAACUUGCAUGGCAGCUUAUUCCGGCGUAUUCCUGAUUACCUUUCGAGUCAGUGAGCCUCAUGUACUAUUAGUAUUAGGGUAGUUUCUUCCUUUUGAAUAAACAGGAGGAUGAUAAAAUGACUGAUAAGAAUGAGAUGUUACUGUUGCACGUUAGAGAAGCAGCAUCCAUUCAGUGCUUAUUUUUAUUACGAGUUUGAAACGGUGGUUUUUGUCUCAAUUCUUGUUGCCUUUUGUUUUGGGAGUGAAGAUUGGAGUUCUUUGUUGCUCUAGCUUCAUGCAACAGGUUGAGUUGUUGAUACUGGCUCAGCUGCAGCAAUUCAUUGAAAACUUAUAAGAUUUUACUUAUGUAGUGCUGUCGGUGUCCUUUAUCCAAUGGUUGGCUUUUCUACCGUCACACCGGAGUGACUUUUUAAGUGUUUGAACCGCCAAUACAAUUGUGCUUCUUAAUUCAGAUGAUAGGUUGCUUAUUUGUCUCAUGCCAUUGAAAUGAUGCGCCAUCGCUUC